CAGCCAAGCAGAAGCACAUUGGAGAUCAUUUCUGCAUUCUACUUGGGAACACUGGGAUCAUCUUCAUCAUGCCAACGGUGGUGGUAAUGGACGUCUCCCUUUCAAUGACCCGGCCUGUUUCUAUUGCGGGCUCAGAGGAAUAUCAGCGCAAACAUCUAGCACCCCAUGGUUUAACAAUGCUGUUUGAACUCAUAGGCACAAAUUACAAGCUUGAGUUUACAGCCUUGGUAGUGUUUUCCUCUCUCUGGGAGCUGAUGGUUCCCUUCACAAAGAGAUAUAACACCCUACAGGAAGCACUAAGCAAUAUGGAUGAUUAUGACAAGACCUGCCUAGAGUCUGCAUUAGUUGGUGUUUGCAGCAUCGUUCAGCAGGAGUGGGGUGGUGCGAUUCCUUGCCAGGUUGUUCUGGUCACAGAUGGCUGCCUUGGCAUUGGGAGAGGAUCAUUGCGGCAUUCUCUAGCGACUCACAGUCAGAGAAGUGAGAAUAACAGAUUUCCGCUUCCUUUUCCUUUUCCAUCUAAGCUAUACAUCAUGUGCAUGGCAAAUUUGGAAGAGCUUCAGAGCACUGAUUCCUUGGACUGCCUUGAACGACUCAUAGAUUUAAACAAUGGCGAAGGGCAGAUUUUUACUAUUGAUGGCCCCUUGUGCUUGAAAAAUGUUCAGUCUAUGUUUGGAAAACUAAUAGACCUGGCUUAUACGCCUUUUCAUGCCAUGCUCAAGUGUGGCCACCUCACUGCUGAUGUGCAAGUCUUUCCCAGACCAGAACCUUUUGUUGUUGAUGAAGAGAUUGACCCUAUCCCGAAAGUCAUUAACACAGACUUGGAAAUAGUGGGAUUUAUUGAUAUUGCUGAUAUUUCAAGUCCCCCAGUUCUGUCCAGACAUCUGGUCCUACCUAUAGCACUUAACAAAGAAGGUGAUGAGGUGGGUACUGGCAUAACUGAUGACACCGAAGAUGAAAAUUCAGCCAAUCAGAUUGCAGGCAAAAUACCCAACUUUUGUGUCCUGCUUCAUGGCAGCCUAAAAGUUGAAGGAAUGGUGGCAAUUGUCCAAUUAGGUCCUGAAUGGCAUGGAAUGCUCUACUCCCAAGCUGACAGCAAGAAGAAAUCGAACCUCAUGAUUCUCUUUGAGCCCAGCCCAGAACCUCUCCCAUGGCUAGGAAAAAUGGCACAGUUGGGUCCUAUUUCAGAUGCUAAAGAAAACCCUUAUGGUGAGGAUGACAAUAAGAGCCCAUUUCCACUGCAGCCCAAAAACAAACGUAGUUAUGCCCAGAAUGUGACUGUCUGGAUCAAGCCCAGUGGCCUGCAGACAGAUGUACAGAAGAUUUUAAGAAAUGCAAGAAAACUACCUGAAAAAACACAAACAUUCUAUAAGGAGCUGAACCGUUUAAGAAAGGCCGCCCUGGCCUUUGGCUUCCUGGACCUGCUGAAAGGGGUGGCGGACAUGCUAGAACGGGAGUGCACCCUGCUGCCCGACACGGCCCAUCCUGACGCCGCCUUCCAGCUCACCCACGCAGCCCAGCAGCUCAAGCUAGCCAGCAGCGGCUCUGCAGAUCAUGUCCGCUACGACCACAACAUCACUCCUUUGCAUACAGACUUCUCUGGGAGCAGCGCUGAAAGGAUGUGAUGACAUCUGCCUCGGUGUUUCAAGUGAAGAUGAGAGAGGGUGAAGAUCCUUCUGGCUGUUGACCUGCACAGCAGUCACUGCAGGCCUUCCCACCGUCUGGGCGUAGUGACCACACUGGCCUGAGAAAGGCUCAAGGAGUGGGGACCACUGGCCUCUGGCUUUCUAGGGCUUGAAUCCCUAAGCCCAGAAGUGCUCCUAUGAAAGGUCUGAAGGACGAACACAGAGCUCCCCACACUGGCUAUGGAACCCUGACCAGCAGGGCUCCCAGGCUUCCUCAAAGGCACUUUCUUUCUCCUUUCAGCCACAAAGUCACCUUUUCAAGCUUUUGUUCUUGAACUGAGCAGUCCAAACGGGCUGGGCUGGCCAGAUACAAGCCUAGCAUCACUGAGUUGAGAACUUUGGCACAAAACUGAUGGAUAUCCUGAGGUGUUUUUGGUAUGUCUUGAAAUACAAACUUUUGAAUGACCACUUAUGUGUUAAAUGAUGACUAUUUCUCCUUUUUUAAAAUAUGAAAACAAAAUAUUUUCUAUAAAAUGUUUUCUCUGGGGAUCUAAUGGGGUUUUGCCUUUGUUCUGAUCACCUGACUUCGGCUACCUACACAGCCAAUCCCCAAAUCCCUGGGUUCCAGGUUGACUCUUAUGACUCCCUAUGAGGCCUUACUGCCGCAGUCAUGUUCUGUGCAGCUGGAUUCUAACAGUAAACCACUUGGUUUCAUGAUGGUGGGCAAA